GAAGGAGGGGCAAAGCUCAAGAUGGCGGACAAAACGCCAGGCGGAUCUCAGAAGGCCAGUUCAAAGACCAGAUCAUCAGAUGUUCAUUCAUCUGGCUCUUCAGAUGCACAUAUGGAUGCAUCUGGACCCUCAGAUAGUGAUAUGCCAAGUCGGACACGGCCUAAGAGUCCAAGAAAACAUAAUUAUAGGAAUGAAAGUGCCCGUGAGAGCCUUUGUGAUUCUCCUCAUCAGAAUCUUUCAAGACCUCUUCUAGAAAACAAACUUAAAGCAUUCAGCAUUGGAAAAAUGAGCACAGCUAAGCGAACUUUAAGUAAGAAGGAACAAGAGGAACUAAAGAAAAAGGAGGAUGAAAAGGCAGCUGCUGAAAUUUAUGAGGAAUUUCUUGCUGCUUUUGAAGGAAGUGAUGGUAAUAAAGUGAAAACAUUUGUGCGAGGGGGUGUUGUUAAUGCAGCUAAAGAAGAACAUGAAACAGAUGAAAAAAGAGGUAAAAUCUAUAAGCCAUCUUCAAGAUUUGCAGAUCAGAAAAAUCCUCCAAAUCAGUCAUCCAAUGAAAGACCACCAUCUCUUCUUGUAAUAGAAACCAAAAAACCUCCACUGAAGAAAGGAGAGAAAGAAAAGAAAAAAAGCAAUUUGGAACUUUUCAAAGAAGAAUUGAAACAAAUUCAAGAAGAGCGUGAUGAGAGGCAUAAAACAAAAGGCAGGUUAAGUCGAUUUGAGCCACCUCAGUCAGAUUCUGAUGGUCAGCGUCGUUCUAUGGACGCGCCUUCCAGGAGAAAUCGAUCAUCUGGUGUUCUUGAUGAUUAUGCACCUGGCUCACAUGAUGUAGGAGAUCCAAGUACUACUAAUUUAUACCUUGGAAACAUUAAUCCACAGAUGAAUGAAGAAAUGCUGUGCCAAGAAUUUGGAAGAUUUGGACCUUUAGCUAGUGUGAAAAUUAUGUGGCCUAGAACUGAUGAAGAAAGAGCCAGAGAGAGAAAUUGUGGCUUUGUGGCCUUUAUGAAUAGAAGAGAUGCUGAAAGAGCUUUAAAAAAUUUAAAUGGAAAAAUGAUUAUGUCUUUUGAAAUGAAGUUAGGUUGGGGUAAAGCUGUACCUAUUCCUCCACAUCCAAUAUACAUUCCGCCUUCUAUGAUGGAACAUACACUUCCCCCACCUCCAUCCGGACUGCCUUUUAACGCGCAGCCUAGAGAGCGGUUAAAAAACCCCAAUGCUCCAAUGUUACCACCACCUAAAAACAAGGAGGAUUUUGAGAAGACUCUGUCGCAAGCCAUAGUCAAAGUGGUUAUCCCAACAGAAAGGAAUUUGCUCGCCCUGAUACAUCGAAUGAUAGAGUUUGUUGUACGUGAAGGGCCAAUGUUUGAAGCUAUGAUUAUGAACAGAGAAAUCAACAAUCCUAUGUUCAGGUUCUUAUUUGAAAACCAGACACCUGCCCAUGUUUACUACAGGUGGAAGCUUUAUUCUAUUCUACAGGGAGAUUCUCCAACUAAAUGGCGGACGGAAGAUUUUCGUAUGUUCAAAAAUGGAUCCUUUUGGAGGCCACCACCAUUAAAUCCAUACCUGCAUGGAAUGUCAGAAGAACAAGAAACAGAAGCUUUUGUAGAGGAACCUAGUAAGAAGGGAGCACUUAAGGAAGAACAGAGGGACAAAUUAGAAGAAAUCUUACGGGGAUUAACUCCAAGAAAAAAUGAUAUUGGAGAUGCAAUGGUCUUCUGUCUUAACAAUGCCGAAGCUGCUGAAGAAAUAGUGGAUUGCAUUACUGAAUCAUUGUCUAUCUUAAAGACACCUCUUCCUAAAAAGAUUGCCAGAUUAUAUUUGGUUUCUGAUGUUUUGUACAACUCUUCAGCCAAAGUUGCCAAUGCUUCAUAUUAUAGAAAAUUUUUUGAAACAAAGUUAUGUCAGAUAUUUUCAGACCUCAAUGCUACCUAUCGUACAAUUCAAGGCCAUUUGCAAUCUGAAAAUUUUAAGCAACGGGUAAUGACCUGCUUCAGAGCAUGGGAAGAUUGGGCAAUUUAUCCAGAACCAUUUUUGAUCAAACUACAAAAUAUUUUCUUAGGACUUGUAAAUAUUAUUGAGGAAAAGGAAACAGAGGAUGUACCAGAUGAUCUUGAUGGUGCGCCCAUUGAAGAAGAGCUGGAUGGUGCACCUCUAGAAGACGUAGAUGGGAUUCCCAUUGAUGCUGCUCCCAUUGAUGAUCUGGAUGGAGUGCCUAUAAAAAGUCUUGAUGAUGAUCUGGAUGGAGUGCCUUUGGAUGCAGCUGAAGACUCAAAGAAGAAUGAGCCUAUAUUUAAAGUUGCUCCAUCAAAAUGGGAAGCUGUAGAUGAAUCUGAAUUGGAAGCACAAGCUGUAACAACUUCUAAGUGGGAGUUAUUUGACCAGCAUGAAGAAUCAGAGGAAGAAGAAAAUCAAAAUCAAGAAGAAGAAAGUGAAGAUGAAGAAGAUACCCAAAGUUCCAAGUCGGAAGAGCAUCAUUUGUACUCUAAUCCAAUCAAAGAAGAAAUGACCGAGUCCAAGUUCUCUAAAUACUCUGAAAUGAGUGAGGAAAAACGAGCUAAGCUUCGUGAGAUUGAGCUCAAAGUUAUGAAGUUUCAGGAUGAACUGGAGUCUGGAAAAAGACCUAAAAAACCAGGCCAAAGUUUCCAAGAGCAAGUAGAACACUACAGAGAUAAACUUCUUCAAAGAGAGAAAGAGAAAGAAUUAGAAAGAGAACGAGAAAGAGAUAAGAAGGAUAAAGAAAAGUUGGAAUCUCGAUCCAAAGAUAAGAAAGAAAAAGAUGAGUGUACUCCAACAAGGAAAGAAAGGAAAAGGCGACAUAGUACAUCCCCCAGCCCAUCUCGCAGUAGCAGUGGUAGACGAGUGAAAUCCCCAUCACCAAAAUCGGAGCGCUCAGAGCGAUCAGAAAAAUCUCAUAAAGAAAGCUCACGGUCCAGGUCAUCUCACAAAGAUUCUCCAAGAGAUGUUAGCAAAAAAGCCAAAAGAUCACCAUCUGGGUCAAGGACACCUAAAAGGUCUAGGCGAUCACGAUCUAGAUCCCCUAAAAAAUCAGGGAAGAAAUCCAGAUCCCAGUCCCGAUCUCCACACAGGUCUCAUAAAAAGUCAAAGAAAAACAAACACUGACAUACGUUUUUAAGAUGCUGUCACUUACUGGAAAUGCGAUUUUGUUUUGUGCCUGAAUGGUCUGUUUUUUAAAAAAACAAAACAAAAAAAAUCAAAUGAAAGAGCAUUCCUGGGUUUUUUUUGUUUGUUUGUGAAUGCAUGUGUAAACUCAUGAGUAACUGCAUCUGUAGACCUGUCAUUGUUUUAUAUUGUAUAAAUUACUUUCAUUGUG